UUGAAUUUGCAACCUUAAAUGUAGGGCAAAAACACAACACAAGAGUAUAUUUUGCAACCCUUGCUUACACUGAGUAGUAAUUAUUCAAAUAAGCCUGUGCUGAAUACUUAUGUACGUAAAUAUUCACAUGUAACUCAGUUUGUAGUUUCGUGAUAAAGCAACAGAAGCUCCAUCAGAAAAAACAGGGUAAGGAGUUCUCCUUUUCUUCUUCCUUCUGUCUGCACUGUUUCUGCUCUCUACCCAGAGCAGCUCAUGUUGCCUGUUCACUUACCCCACUGCAGCCAUUUGCAGGGACACAGUAUGACCUUGAUCAGCAAACUUAUCUGAAUUAAUUUAAAUGAAGGAGGAAAAAAUAUUCUGAAAGACUUACAUAUUUGAGUCAGAAUUACAAGGCACCACCUGUGUAUUUAAAAUCGACAUUUUGAUACUUUUAAAAAUUGAAUUAGUGAAUAAUGUAUAAUUUUUAUUAAUGUACUGCCCCAGAAUAUAAGUUUUCAAUGUUAAAUAUACAGAUCUGGAAUUGCUACUGGUUUGAAUUGAUGUGUCCCAAAUCUGAAAAAAGCUAUUGUGCAGGAUGCAUGAAACCCAAGUCAGAAAGCUGAGGAUGUUGACUUGUUAGAAUGGGCAUCUUGAAUGCUCAUCAGCUUAGUAUAAGACUUUGCACUAAAGGACCCAAAUUCCUGGGGAAAUGAUAGUAUUACUAAUGAGCUGUUGAAACUCAGAAAACAGUUACACCUUGAUUUUAUUUUUGUUUUGAGCCACAAACAAAUGUUUCCUGUUGGUGUUUGUUUUAUGGCUGUUGUGGUGUGUGUUUUCCAGAGUGCCUUUUUUCUUGUGAACUCCUCCGUGACUAUGUGUGAUACAAAGCUUUGUGCCAUGAAAAGUGACAAUACCUUAUUAUAUUUGGAUCAGAGAAGCCCUGGUCAGAUUGGGAUGCACUUUCUCUUUUCUAUUUACUAGAACUUCCACUGGGACUUUCAUACAUUUAUUGAACUGUUCGAAUGUUGCAGGUGCUUACCAUCCAACCAGCUUACGGUGACUAAUUGUUUCAAUAAACAAACACAAUCCAGGAGCUGGGAGUGGGAACCAGAAGAUAUAUGGGAAUUGAUGUUCAAUGGCUAGAAAGAGAGCUGACAAGGGGCUGAAAUGAAUAUGACUACCAUCCUACAAGAGAUUUUGAUUAAAAGAUCACAGCAGAAGAAGAGGACUUCCCCCUUAAACUACAAAGAGAGGCUUUUUGUACUUACGAAGUCUAUGCUAACAUAUUAUGAAGGUCGAGCAGAGAAAAAGUACAGAAAAGGAUCUGUGGAUAUUUCAAGGAUUAAAUGUGUAGAAGUUGUAAAAAGUGAUGGUAUUAUUCCCUGUCAAAAUAAAUAUCCAUUUCAGGUUGUAUAUGACGCUAAUACGCUUUAUAUUUUUGCACCGAGCGCACAAAGCCGGGAUCAGUGGGUGAAGAACCUGAAAGAAGAAAUAAAGAACAACAGCAAUAUAAUGGUAAAAUAUCAUCCUAAAUUCUGGACAGAGGGAAUUUAUCAGUGCUGCAGACAGACAGAAAAAUUAGCUCCUGGCUGUGAAAAAUACAAUCUUUUUGAAAACAAUGUAAUGAGAUUGUCCUCUCCAAUGCCAGAAAAAAGUGUGCGAAGGCCUCCACCACCUGUUCCUCCAGUUGAAGAAAAUGGCAAUGAAGAGGAGGAGAUAGUGGUAGCAAUGUAUGACUUUGAGCCUACAGAACAUCAUGAUUUAAGAUUAGAGAAAGGUGAAGAAUAUACAGUGAUUGAGAAGAACGACAUUCAUUGGUGGAGGGCGAGAGACAAAUAUGGAAAACAAGGAUAUAUUCCAAGCAACUAUGUAACAGAAAAGAAGUCCAACAACCUUGAUCAAUAUGAGUGGUACAGCCGAAACCUGAACAGAAGCAAGGCAGAACAGCUCCUCAGAAAUGAGGAUAAAGAAGGUGGUUUUGUGGUGAGAGACUCCAGUCAGCCUGGCCUGUAUACAGUUUCCCUUUAUACAAAAUUUGGAGGGGAAGGCUCAUCAGGAGUAAGACACUAUCAUAUAAAAGAAACAGUAACAUCACCAAAGCAGUACUACCUGGCAGAAAAACAUCUCUUUAACUCCAUUCCAGACAUAAUUGAGUAUCAUCAACAUAAUGCAGCAGGUCUUGUUACCAGGCUGCGUUACCCAGUGACCCCAAAGAAGACGACAGCACCAACAACGGCAGGAUUCAGCUAUGAAAAAUGGGAAAUUAAUCCCUCGGAACUGACUUUCAUGAGAGAACUGGGGAGUGGUCUGUUCGGAGUCGUGCGCCUUGGGAAAUGGAGGGCACAGUAUAAAGUGGCCAUCAAGGCAAUACGGGAAGGGGCAAUGUACGAAGAGGAUUUCAUUGAAGAAGCUAAAGUAAUGAUGAAGUUAACACAUCCUAAAUUAGUUCAGCUGUAUGGUGUGUGCACACAACAGAGACCCAUUUACAUCGUGACUGAGUUCAUGGAGCAUGGCUGCCUUCUCAAUUACCUGAGACAAAAACGGGGAGUUUUGAGUAAAGACAUCCUGCUCACUAUGUGCCAAGAUGUAUGUGAGGGAAUGGAGUACUUGGAGAGAAACAGCUUUAUCCACAGAGACCUGGCUGCCAGGAACUGCUUAGUGAGUGACUCAGGAGUGGUCAAAGUGUCAGAUUUUGGAAUGACAAGGUAUGUCCUUGAUGACCAAUACACAAGCUCUUCAGGGGCUAAAUUUCCUGUGAAAUGGUGCCCCCCAGAAGUUUUUAAUUACAGCCGAUUCAGCAGCAAGUCAGAUGUCUGGUCGUUUGGUGUUUUAAUGUGGGAAGUAUUUACAGAAGGAAAAAUGCCCUUUGAAAAAAGCUCCAACUAUGAAGUGGUAACAAUGGUUAGCCAAGGACAUCGUUUGUAUCGGCCCAAACUAGCCUGUAAGCCGGUGUAUGAAAUGAUGAUGAUGUGCUGGCAGGAGAAACCAGAGGGACGCCCGACUUUUGAAGAGUUGCUUCGUGCGAUCAUUGAGAUUGCAGAGGGGGAAGAUGCUUUCUGAAGAAAGACAACAGCAGCAUAAGGACAGAAAAAAACCACUUUCCAGAGAUGGGGCUACAUAAUUUCUUUUAAAGAGCUUGAUCCUGUAAGCUGCUGGGUGUCGCUAAACAAUGUGGGGAACCUGUAACAUCUAAUCCACUCAAGCACAAAGGAGAGUUUUACAUGAUGUUGGGAAAUGAGCACAGUGUCUUCAGCAAUAUUAACAAUCUCUAUAUUUUCUCUGAAAAGUCAGCAUUGCUUAGCUGGCAAGUUGAACUCUUCAUGGAGGGAGACAAUGUGACCAAAGGUCAGGAGCCUCACUUGCAUUUAGUGGGUAGGUUUCAUGUACAUACAGUCCACGUUUCUGAGUUUCUCUUUACACAGACAGUAGUAUUAGUAGUGAUUUGCAUGCUUAAAAAUGGAAGGUAUCCAUAAAUUACUAUUUACUGACAUUGAAAAAUUUCCAGAGAUUCUCCAGAAACAUUAUUUUUCUCAGUUGAUGGGUGUUUUAUAGCACAUCAAGAAGAUAAAACAUGUCUCUUUCAUUUGCACAUAGUAGGUUGUUGCCAGCACAGUCUUCAGUUUAGUGUAACACUCUAAAAGCCUUGCUUCAGAACUGAGCCGUGAUAUUCCAAAGUCAUUCUAAGCUGUUUGGUGAACCAGAGACCUCCCAUGGUUAGUCUUGAUGUCACUAAUGAAAACUAAGUCCAAGACUCAGCACAACUGGCUGUCAGUGUACCAUAGUACCAAGUUUUGAAUUAAUUAUAAAAUAAUUUAUAUGCUGUAUGUAAUGUAAAUAUAUAAAUUCAAUGCAUUUAUUUAUAUAAAGUGGGGGGGGUUGUCUUGAAAUUUGACCUACCCUCACUUGAAUACACAACUCUAUAUGUGGGAUUGUAAAUGAAACAAAGUAAAUUUUCAAGUGUGUUUAAGGAGAACUCUUCUGUCAUCUGUACAUAGAGUGAUCUAACCCUUCUGUUCAUAACAAAAAAAUGUCAUACUACACAUGUAAAUAAACUGAAUGUUAACUAUU